AUGAGUGGCGUCUUGAGACGAGGCUCAUUAAGCUUUGACCUUGAUAAUCGCUCGAAACGCGGCAGCAUUGAAUCGAAUUUAUAUGGUGGAUAUCGGGAUAUGAAAAAUGCCGGCACCCCCGAAAUUAGUGUUAUAUCCUUUGACUUUCGGCGUCAUUCGGCAGAUUUGAAAAAAGACCACACCAACAACAACGGCGGUGACAGUGAUCAAAUUCAUCAGCUACAGAUGCCCAUGGAUAUGCCAAGAAAUCCCAGCGAAGACACCGACAGUGACAUUAUAUCCAAUUUCAUUGGUCACUAUGGCAAAUGGAAUUUUAUUUGGACUUUUAUCUUGAGCUUGUUUCAGAUAACUCCAACUUUUCAAAUGUUUGCCUUUGUAUUUCAGACGGCCGACAAAGAUUUCUGGUGUGCGCGUCCGCAAAAUAUGAUGGACAUGAAUGCAAGCGAAUGGAAAAAUGUUACCCAAACAUCAGAUUCAUGUUCCAUAUGGAAUAUAGAUUUCACUACUAUGGACUCCAUACAAUCUCUUUUCGAUCAUAUAGCUGCAUCAGGAAGUCCGCCAAAUUACACCCAGUGCACACAGUUCGAAUUUGCUGGGGAUACAUCCAUGACGCUGGUCCAGGAAUUCGGUUUAGUUUGUUCUCGGCGCCAGCUGCUGAGUGUGGUAGAAAUGUGUUUCUUGGCCGGUGCUGCAGUAGGCAGUGUUUCGAGUGGUUGGAUUUCCGACAAAUUUGGACGCAAACAUACCCUAAUGGGCUUUGCUUUGUUGCAGACAACAUUUGGUACUCUAUUGGCCUUCUCAACAUCCUUGGCCAUGUACAUGGCUUUACGUGUGAUAAUUGGAUUCGCCUCGAUGACUGUGGCCGUUGUUAGUUUCGUGCUGGUGGUCGAACUGGUCUCCGGCAAGUGGCGUACCGUGAUUGGCAUUCUGAAUAUUCUGCCGGUUGCGGUAACAUAUGUUCUAACAGCGGGUAUAUCUUACUUCAUACGAGAUUGGCGAACACUGCAGCUGACCAUAUCGUUGCCAUGGUUCGCCAUAUUGUGCAUUUGGUACUGUGUUCCCGAAUCGCCUAGAUGGCUAUUGGCCAGGGGUCGCCUAGAAGAGCUGUAUGCCAUUGUUGAGAGGGCGGCUCGUCUAAAUGGCACCACCCUGCCGCCGAACUACAAAAAAUCUCUAGAGGCCGCCGUGCCACCUUCAUCGCCCAAUUGUCAAAAUGUAACGACUGCCAAUGACGCUGCGGAAGACAAUGGCCGUCCGGCAUUGAAUGCAACAAAUGCCAUAGAACUGGAUGCCAAUGCCAGUCCUUUGGUAGUGGUUUUCAGUCGAACCUAUUUACGUACCACCUGUUUGACACUGAUUGUCUGGUUGACUUUGAUAAUUAUUUAUUUCGGCCUGACAUUGCAUCUGAGUAACCUUGGUGGCAACAUUUAUGUGAAUACGGCCAUAGCGGGCGCUGUGGAAGCCGUCUCAAUAUGUCUCAGCGUAUUUGUUGUCCUGAAAUUGGGUAUUCGCUUGAAUUUAAUCGCCUACAUGCUGAUACCGGGCAUCUGUUGUUUGGCCGUCAAUAUUGUACCCAAGGGGGAUGAACAUUUUAUUUAUGUGAUAGCAUUGGCUAUGAUUGCUAAAUGUAUUAUUGGGGCAAACAAUGCCAUUAUUCCCACCUACACGGCCAUGCAGUAUCCAACUGUUGUGCGUAAUUUUGGCGUUGGAAUGGGUAAUUUGGCUGCUGGUGUGGCACUGAUUCUGGUACCAUAUAUGUGGCUUUUGGAACACAUCGAUCCUUUGUUGCCGAUGAGUAUCAUGGGUGUUUGCGGCCUUAUUGGAGCUAUAGCAUUGGCUCUGAUGAAAGAUGUUCAUCCGUGA